ACCCAUUUGAUUAGAAGGUUAAAAGUUACUGGAAGCAGAACACAUCUACUAAUUGAACCCAAAGCAGAAAACUCAUCGACGCUCGGCUGCAUAAGCGAUAUGGGCGAGUGACCUUGAGACAUCGCACUACUUACACCCAAACAACGGGCAGAUUAUUCAUUCAAAUAACUGUAAACUGUUAGCAGCUCUUGGCCUGCUCCAUCUCGUGUAAGCCCAGCGCUGAAAUCGUAACAAUUAGUAAUUCGGCAAGUUUGUCCCCAUUUCUGAAUCCUCUCUGGCGAAGAGAAGGUCGCUCUGAUAUGCGAAACCGCUGGAACCGGGCUACAAGCGAUAAGGCGACUCCAUUCGCACUGCAGGCAGUUGCUGUUCGCGCCUGGAGAGAAGAAGAUCGCGGAAUCUUGAAGCGCCGUUCAGUUCUUAUUACAUGAUUAAUUUAAGUUGUUGCAACCAUGUUUAAAGGAAAAUUUUGGUGGCGUUUAGUCGUUACUACGUGUGUGAUACAAAUCGGAUUUUGCCUAGUUUUAGAUGAUGAUCAUCUGCGAGACAGCGAUACUAUUCAAAAUGGUGACAACGACCAUGAUGAUUUGAAGCAGGAAUCAACGAUCACAACAAAAGCAUCGCAUAGGAAACCGUUCCGAGUAAUAAAAGCCGAGCGCGAAAGCAAACAUCUCGAUCUCAAUUUACUACGCAAAAAGCGCUUUAUCGGAAACCUGUUAAAGCCGUCUAAGAAAUCCCUUCAAAACUGCACAACGCCGAGCGGAACGCCAGGACACUGCAAGCGAUACGAACAUUGUAAGUUUCCGGAUCCAAAAGACAAUAUAUGGAAGAUUCUUGGACAAUUGUGCGUUCUUGAAAAUAUCUUAAUAGGCGUAUGUUGCCCCGAAAAUUUAACAGAAGGUUCAGGGCCGGAAUUCUCGGCACGCUUACCGGCGUUUGCUGACGAAAACGGUUACGAUUCGGUAGAAGGUCUUGAAGGAACUGACAAGAUCGAAUCACGAGAUGCUCUGGAACGACCAGAGGAGCGAGGAUGUGGAAUUUCAACCAAACAGAUACCAAAAAUUGCUGGUGGGCGACCUGCAGAUCCACAAGAAUGGCCUUGGAUGGCUGCGCUGAUAGCUAAUCUCGGCCAACAGUCAUUCUGUGGAGGAGUUCUGGUCACCGAUCGGCAUGUCAUGACAGCUGCUCACUGUGUGCUCAAUUUAAAAAUCAAUCAGUUUUUGGUUCGAUUAGGCGAAUACGAUUUUACGCAGUAUAACGAAACACGAUCCAGAGACUUUCGAGUGACAGAAAUCCGUAGUCACGUCGAUUUUGAUCCGGUCACCUACGAGAACGAUAUCGCCAUUUUGAAGCUAUUUAGACCAUCGUUAUUUAACUCGUACAUUUGGCCAAUUUGCAUGCCACCGUUGGAUGACUCUUGGGCAGGAUAUCGGGCUAUAGUGGUCGGUUGGGGAACUCAGUUCUUCGGUGGACCCCAUUCGAAGGUACUAAUGGAGGUAGACUUGCCUAUUUGGUCCAACAAAGAGUGUCAGGAAGUGUACAUAAAUCGAAUUUUCGAAACGAGCCUUUGCGCAGGCAAUUACGAAGGUGGAAAGGAUUCAUGCCAGGGAGACAGCGGAGGACCACUGAUGGUGCAAUUGCCCAACAAACGAUGGGUUUCCGUUGGAAUCGUAUCCUGGGGCAUCCGCUGCGGAGAGGCAAAUCAUCCAGGGAUUUACACACGCGUUGGAUCUUAUGUGCGUUGGGUUAUAGAAAAUGCGGUUUUUUGAGUCACUGUCAUAAUUCUCUCAAUAUUUAGUAUUAGGCAAUACUUAUUAUAAUACAUUGAUAAACAUAUUUAAAGGCUGAAAAUAAAAGUUCUAUGUCUAAGAA